GUUAAAAUUAUAUGUUUUUCCUGAUUUUUCUAUCUCUAAAUUUCAAAUUUACGUAUUUUUAAAAACAAAGUUUAGUAAUAGUAAAAUUUCUCAUUCUCUUAUGUGGGUGAUUCUACAAACGAGUGAAUUUUGACAGAACUGUUACAGAAUUGUUCUGUAUCCUUGCAUACUGGGAAUAUGUCUUCAAUCUUUACUCUUUCAUUACUUUUGGCCAUUGCUGCAGUUCAGUCCUAUGUCGACAAUUGUGGACACAAUGCAAUUUAUACAGAGUGUGAAAAAACUAGUAAUUGUAUCAAAACAUGUCACGAGUUUAAUACUUCGUCGUGUACCAGUAACAAGACAUGUCAUCCUGGCUGUGAAUGCAAAGAAGGAUAUGUAAGGCACCUUGAGUUUAACUUAUGUGUUUUACCUCAUCACUGCCCAAAAUUAGAUUCCAUUUUCCACAAUUGUGGACCCAAUGAAAUUUAUAGAGAGUGUGGAGAUGUUGGUGAUUGUAUUAAAACAUGUGACAAGUUAGAUACUUCGUUCUGUUAUAAUAAGACGAAGUGUAAUCGUGGCUGUGAAUGCAUAAAAGGAUAUGUAAGGGACCUUGAGUCCGACAAAUGUGUUUUACCUCAUCAAUGCCCAAGAAAAGAUUGUGGACCCAAUGAAAUUUAUACAUCGUGUCGAAAAGAUAUUGAUUGUGUCAAAGCAUGUCACAACUUAAAUACUUCGUCGUGUACCAGUGACAAGCCAUGUUAUCCUGGCUGUGAAUGCAAAAAAGGAUUUGUAUUGGAAUUUCAGACCGACAGAUGUAUUUUACCUCAUCAAUGCCCAAGAUAUGUACGCAAGCAGCCAAUCCUUUCUUUUCGUUGUGGACCCAAUACAAGGAUAAAUGGGUGUGGAUUAUCACCUUUUUGUCAGACAUCAUGUAUCAGUCUAAAUCAUACGAAUCGGAGGUGUCUGACUGACAUGACAUGUCAUGUUGGUUGUGGAUGCGAAGAAGGAUUUUUAUGGGACCGUAUUUUCCAUAGAUGUAUUUUACCUUUUGAAUGCCCAAUAAAAGGUAAAUUACAAAAUAUAAGUAAAAAACACACAGCCACACCAAAAAAAAAUUUUGAAAAGAGGGUCUGACUAUGCCUACUGUAUGUUUUUUGGGUCGCUGAAUCCGAAUUCGAGGUCCGUUUUAUCCCCUCAGAUCAGGAUUUUAAGAUAAGAAAAAUUUUUUUAAUUCAAACAAAUUUUACCUUUGAUUCAAAAAGAGCGUUUAAAAAAUCGAUUUUUUUGUUUCAAAGAAAUCUUUUCUCUGGGUGUACACUUUAAGCUUCAUUUUAAAGGGUAAAAGAAAGAAAAAAAUGGGUCUUUUAUUAAAAUUUUAUUUUGAAUUUUAUAAAAAAAAAUUUGCAAAAAAUAUACAGGUUAAAAUUUUGCUCAUCCUAUUAUACUUACAAUAGUUGUGAUUCUUCAAAAAAUCCAAUGUUCACAUUUUGGCCUCACAUCAGAAAUUUAGCCCCAUAUGCGUUGCUAUACAGUUCACCAAACUUUUGGUUAAAUCAACCCAAACUUUUUUUGAUUCAAUCAAAUUCUUUCCUUAUUCAAAAUAUUUAUAUGAAAAUAAACAAAGCAAUUAUUUCAAUGAAAUAAAUAUUUAUUUGAAUUUAACAAAUUUUGUUUGAAGUAACCAAAAAAUUGUUUAAUCCCUACUGGAAAAUUCCCCAAUUUGCAUAUAAUCCAUAAAGGUUUCCAUAUAAAAGCAAAGCGGAAUUUUCGACAAGACUACGUGUAAGGAACCAUAUGAAAUAUCCAAUAUUAAUAACAAUAUAUCCAAUAUGAAAUCCCACAUGGAAUAUUUUAUUUAAACAAACAACAUUUUAAAUUUAACCUAGUUAUAUUUUAAUUUACUAGUACUAAAUAUUUUUAAUUUAUUGAGUGACCACAAAACUUUGUCAGAUUUUGUGUACCUGAGACAUUUCAUAUGAGAAUACGGGGUCAUGUCUCGGAUUAAUACCUUAAAAAAUUUAAAGAAAAUCAAACCAAAAAAUGUUAAUAGAAGUAAAAAUUUUAAACAUUUGUUCAAAUGUAGCGCGGGAGUUGAUGCUAAACUAUAGCAACUUUGGCAUUGAAUGUUUACAGAAUCAAAUCAGAAAAUGGUUCUUUAGUAAUUUGCCAAAUUUUAGCUUUUAGCUACCUUACCGGAAUAAGUAAAAAAAAAAUCGAGUACAGUAAGAUAUCUGCUCCUGUAAUUACACCGAUAAAAAAUGCACGAGGCUUAGGUUGUUUGUGUUCGUGGUUUAAGAUAGCAAAAACCAAAUAUUAAACGUAUAAACAUGGAUGCUCACGGAUAUUAUAAUAUAGAAAAUUAUAUUUGUUCAGUUCCUCGUACAAAGUUAAAAACAAAUAAGUUAUAUUUAUCGUAUUCUUUAAAAGAAAUUUCAAAACAUUUGAAAUAAUAGUUAUUUACGUUUUAAAAAUGAGAAAUUUAUUAUUUUCUUUUAUAAGUAGGGUAAAUGCACUAAUUGCGGCGCGAUUCGAGUCAAAACACCUUUGAAAUAGAAAAUUCGACAAUUCUAUUGUAUAAACUCAAUUUAAGAGUUAUUAAACUAAAAGGUUAUGUUAUUUAGAUGUUAAAAAAUGUUUAACUUUAUAAAAAUCGAUUAUUUAAACAAAUAUAAGAAAUUAAAACUAAUACCGUAAUUUUCUAUUGCGGCGCGUUCUCUCGGUUCUCUCUGAUGAGAGGAUCGACCGCAAUCGUCAUCGUGCCAUAUACGAAGGAUGUCAUGGGUCACGAUGACGAUUGCGGUCGAUCCUCUCAUCAGAGAGAACCGAGACUUCUUACCGUAGAAGCACCUUCCGUCAUGAUUUUUCGCGCGUAAUCGAUGCGCUGAUUCGCAUCUUUAUAAAUUGUUGUAAACGCGCAUUUUAUUUUAUUAAAUGUUUUGUUUGUUCAAUAUAA